AUGGGAAGUGGACAAAGCAAAAUAAAUAAUAAUGUUUAAAUUGAAAAUUAGCAAGUAUAACAAUCUAUAAUUAAUUCAAUUGUUACCUUGAAAUCUUAGAUAAUUAAAAAAAGAAUGAUUUCUUAAGAUGAUGACGAUGAUGAUGAAGAUGAUGAUGAAGAGGAGUUAUACUCUAAUGAAGAUAGUGAGAAUGAAGAAUAAUAGUUUGAAGUAAAACCCUAUUUAGAGAGUAGACUAAAAAAUAUGAUGAAUAUGUUUUAGGUGAUAAAUUAGUUGAAAACAAAUCUAUGUAUUCAGGUUUACUUUUAAAUAGAACUUAAUUACUAGCAAUAAAAAAGAUAGUCCUCAAUAAAAAAGAAAAUUUUAAAAUUAUAAAGUAUAAUUUGCAAUAGUUAACUACUUUGAGACAUUAGAACUUAUAAUCCAUUCUCAGUUGGAAUUUUUAAAAUAAUACUGAUAAGAAAAAUUGUUAACUCAAUGUUUUCACUAAUUUUGAAUCCAAUGGAUCAUUAUAAUCUAUUAUUUCUAAAUAUUGUAAAUUUUCUUAAGAACUUAUUUUAACCAUAUUUCAAUCCAUUUUAAAAGCACUCGACUAUUUACAUUCUUAAAAUAAAUUACAUAGGUAAAAUUAUACAUUCCUAUUCUUUAGAAAUCUCAAAACAUCAAAUAUUUUAGUAGAUCAUAAUGGAACUAUCUUAAUUUCUGAUAUAUUGAUCUAAAGUUAAUAUUCUCUAUCAAAUUAUAGUGCUCCAGAAACAUUUGAUUAUUAUGACUAUUCUGAAGCAUCUGAUAUUUGGAGUGCAGGAUGUAUUUUUUAUGAACUUCUUACUAAAAAAUAACCAUGGUAAAUUGAUGAUAAAGUUCUCACUCUUCAAGAAAUUAAAAAGAAAUUCUAUUAAAAUUGUAUCUUUAUAAAUAAUUUCUAUUUUAGAACUCUUUUUAAUAGAAAAUGAAAAUAUCCAAAAAAAUAAUCUUGAUAUCCUAAUAUCUAUGUUUUCUUUUCUCCCUGAAUAAAGACCUUCUGCAAAUUAGUUACUAAAACACUCAAUAUUUCUAGAAAAUCCAUAAAAUAAAUUGAAAUAAAUUGCUAAAUCAAUUUCGUAAAAGGAUAUGUAAAAUAAACCCCAAUAAAAUAUUAUGUCCAUUGUUUCAAAUUUAUAAAAUAAUAACAAUUCAAAUAUUAAUCAAUAGCCUAUAUAAACAUUAAAUAUGUAAAAAAAAGAAGACGAUGAAAUUUUAAAUGAUAUUAAAGAAUGUGUUCUUAUUAUUUAAGCUAAUAUAUUAAAAGAAUUUACAGUAACAUAAAAUAGCAAUUAAUUUUUAUUAACUAAAGUAUGUAAAUUCCUUUAAUUAUUAGAAUAAUUUUUUAAGUUUGUGUUUUAAAUAAGCUAAAUUAAGUUCUAGUAUUGUUCAACAAAAAUUAUGUCAUAAUAAAUAAAACUCUAGAGCUCCAGAAAUAUAAAAUUUUUCUUCAAUUGUAUCUUAAAUGAAAACUGCUGUAAAUUUUUAAGGAACUAAUCUUGAAAGUUAAAACUCUGCAUCCGAAAAAAAUUUUGAUUAAAAAAGCUUCUAAACAAAUCAUUUAACUUUAUAAACACCUUAAUUACAAAAUUAAUAGAAUCAAUAAACAGAAUAAUCUUUAGAUAUUCAAGAAAAAACAGAAAUAUAAUAGAUUUAAAAAGUAGCUGGUUUGGUAAAAAAUUAAACAGAUUCCACAAUAAAUAACAAAAAUAAUAAUAUAGAGACAGAGCAAAUAUACUUUGAUGGGGAUUUUGUAUUUAUUCUAUGA